AUGACCAUCACCAUCACCGUGGAGAAAGACGGUUACUAUGAGGUGAACGGAACCCCUCAGGAGCCUACCGUGUCCCUCUAUGUGAUCCCUGCCGCAUCCAAGUUGCGCAGGAUGCUUCGAGACACCAAGGAUCUGAUCGUCUGUCCUGGUGUCUAUGAUGGUCUGUCAGCUCGGGUUGCCAUGGAGGUUGGCUUCAAGGCAAUGUAUAUGACAGGUGCUGGGACGACUGCCUCCCGUCUGGGAAUGGCAGACCUUGGGUUAGCCCAGCUGCACGACAUGAGAACCAACGCCGAAAUGAUUGCCAACCUCGACCCAUUUGGUCCUCCGCUGAUUGCCGAUAUGGAUACUGGCUAUGGAGGCCCGCUGGUGGUUUCCAAGUCAGUUCAGCAAUACAUCCAAGCUGGCGUGGCUGGAUUCCAUAUCGAAGACCAGAUUCAGAACAAGCGUUGUGGGCAUCUUCAGGGUAAGAAGGUGGUCGGUCUGGAUGAGUACAUCACGCGUAUUCGCGCUGCCAAGAUGACCAAGGAUCGGCUGCACUCGGACAUUGUUCUGAUUGCACGAACGGAUGCCUUGCAACAACACGGAUAUGACGAGUGCAUUCGUCGCCUCAAGGCUGCUCGAGACAUUGGAGCCGAUGUGGGUCUCCUGGAGGGCUUCACCUCGAAGGAGCAAGCCCGUCAAGCUGUGCAAGACCUGGCUCCGUGGCCUCUUCUGCUGAACAUGGUGGAGAACGGAGCGACACCACUCAUCACCACCAAGGAGGCAGAGGAGAUGGGCUUCCGCAUUAUGAUUUUCUCGUUUGCGACUAUUACUCCGGCCUACCUGGGCAUCAAAUCCACUCUGGAACAUCUCAAGAAAGAAGGAGUCGUGGGGACACCGGAGGGACUAGGACCGCGGAAGCUCUUCGAGGUUUGUGGGCUGAUGGAAUCCAUGCGAGUUGAUACAGAGGCUGGAGGUGAUGGCUUUUCUCAGGGUGUUUGA